UGACUUUGGUAUAAUUGCGUUAGUUCCUUGCUUGUGUAUGCUAAGCGCCAAGACUGAAAGUUUACUGUUAUAGGUAUUUGCCCGGUUUUUAUUAAUUUGAUUAUAUUUAAUAGCAAUGGUGCAAUAUUGUUGCUGUUAUGGAUGCAAAGAAAGAUAUGUGAAAGGAGGAACAGUUACUUUUCAUAGUUUCCCGAAAGACGAACGAAGAGCGAAAAUAUGGCUCCAGAACAUAAAUAGACCGAAUUUCGUCCAUUCAAGGUACUCGAAAGUGUGUUCGAAGCAUUUUACGGAAGAAAGCUUUGAUAGGGAGAGGUUUGGAGGCGUCUGGCUCAAGAAUGAUGCUAUACCAACAGUUUUUGAUUGUUGUGAGCGCCCACCAAAAGCAGCAGCAAAAAAACGUCCACCAAAAAGAGAUAAUUCACAAAAUCUUGAUGAGCUCCUGGCAAGCAUUCAGAGUAGAAAUGUUCCGAUUCUGCCAGCGCCCUCUACUUCAGCAAACAGUAAAAAACAUUACAGUAUUUGGUGUAUUUCAGUAGUGCCACCAUCGGCACCCAAACCUGAGCAAACUUGGCCAGAUGAUGAAAGAAACAGGAAAAUUACUACAUUAUUAGGUGAAUCAAACAUUAUGCCAAAUGAUUCAGCCACCAACAAAAUGCAUUUGGGAGUCGCCACGAAAAAGGAGUCACACGACAGAGAGAAUCAAGACAAUUUUUUGUGUGGCUCAGUGAAACAGGAACAGGAGUAUGAGCACAUGACUGUGAAGAAGGAACCAGUAGAAGACGCUGAUGAAUCUAUGUAUUCAGCAACUGAAGAGGAGUGUGAGCACGUCGUUGUGAAGGAGGAACCGAUGGAAGAGCCUGAUGAAUCUGUGAAUUCAGCAUCUGAAGAGGGAUGUGAAAUCACAAUAGUGAAGGAGGAACCAGCAGAUGAUCCUGAUGAGUCCACAUAUGCAGCAGCUGGAGAGGUGUGUGGGAGGAUAAAUGUGAAGGUGGAACAGGAGCCUGAAUACGAAGGGAACUCCUGUGAGGAGCACAGAACACAGGAACCAGAAUACAUAGAAGUGAAGAGCGAACCACUCGAGGCAGAGGAAGUUACUGGUGACGGAGCCACACAUUGGGACUCCCUCUGUUUCUGGUGAACGUUUUCCCCAAGCUUCACCACCAGCUCACUUCAUAUUUCAGUCACUAAUGUGACAAUAACAGCAGGCUGCAAGAGUCUGGAAAUUCACUGGUUUCUAUAAAGUAAGGGGGAGGGGGGGGACAACCCAGAAAGUUGUAUGUCAAAUGUGAUGAUGUGUACAAUCUCGAAAGACAUUCAGGAGAAUGCAAUGUGAAACUGGAGAGAGAUUACCUUAAUCGGUAGAUGCAGUGCAAAACUUCUUUUCCUUAAGCAGUUGAUGCAUUUACAGGUAUAUAUGAUUAUCAUUACUCCUCUUAUGUGUCGUUUUUAUUUUUUGUUCUUUGCUCGCGGAAACUUUCCCACUUUUCUGUUUAACAUUUACAGAUGCCAUAAUACCUCAGUGAACAGUGUCUGGCAAGAUGACUGUGUAUUUAUUUAUUAGGCCUACCUCUCCAAGUUUUUAAAAAAAACAAUGCAAGAAACACAUUUUGCUACUUUCUUUUAUUUCUCAAAAUAUUUGUCUUCAUAAUUUAUAGACUUCUAUACUUGUUCAAACCAAUUCAGGAAACACUUUUUGCCAAUAUUUUGUUGCUACCUUAAAGGACUCUACAGCUUCUAGAGGUAAAAAAUCAAUUGAAUCUGGCCAGCAACUAAUUAUUUCAAUGCAGUUCCGCAUAAAUUUAUCUAGCAUUGACAUGAAGAACGACACAUUUUUCGUUUUCUGUCCGAUACCCUUGAUGCAAAUUAUUCGAUCUUCAUUGAAAUUGUGAAUAAUCUACCAGGAAUAAAUGUUUUUCACAGCUGACUGACCCUGUGAAAUCAUAUGCGCUGCAGUCUUGGAUACACCUAAAGACAGCUGUGUCUUACAGUCCCAUGCCAGUGCUCUGAACCGUGUUGCGUACCUUACUAAUAUAUUUUUGAACAGUUAAUUUAGAUGAGCUUAACAAAAUACAUUGUUGACAAUAGCACAACCUUGAUGAAAUUUUAUGAAACAGUUGUAAAAAAACUCUUUUCAGAAGAUGAUAGAUUACGAAAAGUUGAUUAAAAUGAUUCAAAAAAUACAAUGUCAUCGAACAGAAAUCUUCACUCACAAUUUCCAUGUUUUCCCAAGAUUGUUUCUUUGCAUGCUCACUGAAAUCAGUUAGGCCAGUUCAUUAGCUACAAUUAUUUUAGCAAUAAUAAAUUACAAA